AUGGCUUCGACGUCAGAAACAGCCAGCGUAGGCCCGGGCGAGAUGGCGUGUCCCGACCCAUCAGUGCACCACCACCAGCACAAGCUGUCCGAACAAGCCUCCACCGCCGCCCUGUAUGCCACCAACCCAUCGCGACGGCAGCAAGAUGGACGUGAAAGCAGGAGCGAGAACCCACUGGGUCCAGACGGCAAGCUGUCGUCCAAGAGUGCCGCAACGUCAUUGCGAUAUGCGAAGCCGCAAGAUCUCCCCUCCUUUCCCACCGCCGGCCUCACCGCAGACAAUGCCGGCAAAGCCGCGCUGCUCGCCGAAGACUACAAGAUGAAGGAGCUCUGGCAGCCCGAGCAGAGUCUCGCCGGAUCGAAAGCCGCACUCCUCGCGCAGAAGAAAGGCGGCAAGCUGGAUCUGUGGGAAGCGACGUCGAGCAAAGAGGGCUUGUCCGCGGCAAAGCUCGCGGUCGGAAACAAGAUGACCAUCAACGCGUACGGCGGCGUCGAUGCCGAGAACAAGAGCAAAGCACUGCAAGCCGCGACCAUGUCCGUCAACAAGGGCAGGUCGCGAGCCACCUCGACGCCUCAGCCCGUGCAUCCAGAAUAUCCAGAUUCGCAAAACGCCACUGCCAAUGCGCUCGGUGCAGCAGUCGCAUCUCAUCGUAAGAUGGGCGCAGCUGGUUGGGACGACGAAGCCAACCAGUCAGCCAGAAUUGGGAACUUGCACAAACCCGUGAGAGGGCAAUUCACCGACCACAUUGAGUAUGAUCCGGAUCCGGAUGACACCAGGCACCAAGCCGCGCUCAGAGCUUCAGCUGUCGCCGCAGCCAAGGGAAUUUACCAGAACCAGAAUCGAAGCAAGCUGACCGAUGAGCCCAACACUGCCAAUCUCGCAGGAGCGCAGGCUGCCGCUGGACGAAGCUCGACUAGCGCUGCACCGCCAGAUCUCAAGCAACAAGCACUGCAGUAUAUGAGCCUCCAAGGUGCAGCGCAAAAGCUGGCUGCCGAACGCCUCGCCAAGAUCGACAAGGACACUGAGAACGCACGCUAUCGCGAGUAUUACGGCUAUGGCGAUGACAUUAAGUCUAAAAGGCUAUCAUCGCGCAUGUCGAUGCGCAGUGUCGGCACUGGGCGCCAACGUAAGCGAGCUUCGAGCGACGGUGGCAGAAACUAUUCGGAUGACAGCGAUGACGAGGCACAGGCGCAGCGCAUUCGCACACAGAUGGCCCAAUUGAGCACCGCUACUGGCAAGGUUGACCAGCGUAAGCAGCAGGACGAUCGCGCCAAACUGUUGGCUGCGGCAGAGAAGCGUGUCUCCGCGCGCAUGCAUACCAUGGACGAGAAGGUGCUCGCAGACACUGGCAAAGUGCCACCGUCGCUCAUGGAAGAUUGGGAGGCAAAGGCUCGCGAAAGGGCACAAAAGCAGAGAGAAGAGGCCGCAUCGCAUCCUGGCAAGACACACGUUGGCGGUGGCAGGUUCAUGGAUGACGCAGACAUUGAGGCAAUUGCAGCUGCGCGACUGAAGCCCACGCUUGACCAGCUCAACGCAAAUGCUGAGAAUCGCAGAGGGAGAGAGGAGGAGCUGCGACUCGAGAAAGAAGAGCAAGACAAGGAGAAGCGUGAUGAAAAGCAGAAGACCCGAGAGGAGAAGGAGAGAGUCAAGAAGAUUGUCGCUGAAGACAAGGCCGCCGAGAAAGCUCGCAAAGAUGAGGAGAAGGCGCGCAAGGCUGAAGAGAAGCGCCUUGAGAAAGAAGACAAGAGAAAGAGCCGCGAACAGAAGAGAGACACCAUCGUGGUCGCGCCGACUUCUGCGGACGCCUCCAAAGCCGACGAUGACGAUGGAAAUGCCGUCGAAGACCCCGCUGUCGCCAAACAUCGCUCUGCACUUGGUCGCUUGAAGGAUAGAUUCAGCAAGAGCAACAAGGAGGAAGAGAAGCCAGACAAUGAGCUCGAAAAGGUGGAGACCGCCGAAGUGAAAAAGGAGCGACCAGCCACCGCAGCGAGCACAACGGCUGUUGCAAGCGGAAUUCCAGGCAAUACGACCUCUGGUGGUACUGCUACUGAUGGCAGUGUCUCGCCAGUUACCCCAGCAGAUGAGACGGCGGUCGUGCAGCCUCAGCCAAUUCACCCGCAUCAGACAGAGCGCUCGGCCGUUCUUGACCAUCAAGAUGCGCCGGUUCCACCAGCGAUGCCAAUUGCACCACUGACUGUGCCUGAACAGCACGAUGCUCCACUUACUGCGCAGAACACAACCUCCGACAAAGGCACGGAAGACGGCGCAGAUCGAUUCCACAAAGCCACUGUCCCAGGCGCCGCGGGUGUGACAGCUGCCAGUGUGCCAGCUUUAGCUGUCAACGGCAACGAGACUGAUGUUGACACCGCUACGGCCCCGGCGAGAGCUGGGUUUGAGCAGCAUGGAGGUCUUUCAUACCGCGAAGAAACCCAGCCCACACAGCUGGGAUCGCACAUGCCAGACCUUGAGAGGCACAUCUCAGCGAUACCGGACAGCGAUGACUCUGACGAUGAAUGGGACAGUGAUGAGGAAAGACCUACUCGCAACGCCGGCGCAGUAGCUGUACCCACUACUCAAGCGGGUGUUGCCGAACAAGAUCACAGCAAAGCAGCGAUCGGCGCUGGUGUUGGUGCUGGCGCUGGCGUUGCCACUGGGGAACUUGGAGAAGACAAGACGCAGGAGAUUGUUGAUCGAGUCAACGCCGCACCAGUAAAGAAUGACACUACCCAAAGCCCAGUCUCGCCGAUCGACCCUCCUACCCAGCGGUCAGUGGAGCCGACAUCAACAACUGUACAUUCGCCCACGACGACGACUACCACCCGCCAAGAGCCAUCGGCCAAGCCUGCCGCACAGCAAGACCCCAUCGCGAGCAGCUCGGCCGGCCCAACAGAUACGCAGCACCCCAAGGCAUCGAUUGACGAGGCUGUGGCUCAUGUGGCCGAGACCAAGUUUGGCACUGUCGACGAUAAGCCAAGUGCCACCGCAUUGGGCACGGCCGUGUUUGGACAGCCAAAGGGACCAGCUGGGCCAGAUCCUAAGCCUGCAAAGCUGCAGAAAAGUGGUGGCCCAGUCGAAGGCGUAGGCACCACCGCCAACACCAGCGUCGACUCUGGCAAGCUGCACAAAGAACAGAAGGCCGGUGGCGAGUCGAAGACGACCACAAAGUCAGAGAAGGAGGGCAAAGGCUUCCGCGGCUUCUUCAACAAGCUGCGCAACAAGGAAUCAAAGGGUGAGAACAAGUACCCCGACUUCAAGUCGCCUGAGCGCGGCGAGUCCUCGAAGAAUGUGUCUUACGAUAGCACAAAGGCAGGUGACAAGCCCAUUACGACCGGCACCACUUCUGGCGUACCAGCCGCUGGCGCUAUCGGAACCGGCGCAGAAGGCGCUUCAGCUACCAAGACGGCCGAUGCCGCUCCCACGCUCGGUAACGUCGAUACCGGUCCAACAUUCAGCUCUGGCGCUGAGCCCGACUCGCCAUCCAGCUACCAGCGCGGCGGUGCAGGUCUCGCAGACCUAGACGACGAAUCCUCCGGCGCUGAAGAGGAAGAUGUCACGCGCGGUCGAGCUGGCCGAAGCAAGGCUGGGAAGAAGAUGGGCUUUGGCUCCAGCCGCACAAGCGGUGCAAAGGACACUACCGCUGAUCGCCAAAACAGCAGCACCGAGGACGAGACCUUCGAAGAGGCGCGCGAUCACUUUGACGAGAGCCUUGCACCACCGCCUGCUUUUGCUGGCCAGGCUAAGAGUGAAAGUCCCAGCCGUGGCACCAGGUUCCAGGAGCAGCUCUAG